GCUCAAGCAGUCCACCUGCCUCGGCCUCCUGAAGUGCUGGGAUUACAGGUGUGAACCACCGCACUCAGCCAGAAUUUUGUAUUUCUUUAAUUUUCUUCAGCUACCUUCACAGUGCAUUUUUAUAGCAAAAAUUUGUUAGACCUGUUUCUUUAUAGAUUUUUGAAUGGCAUAUGAAUAUAUUAAAUAUAUACACUUACAUUUUUAUAUAAAUAUACAAAUGUAAUCAUCUCCAGCAUACUAUUUUCAGUGCAGCCUACUUUUUCUUAUUUCUUUGGCUCUUUCAACUUCCCUGCCUUCUCUAACUAGCAGUCCUCUGUGUGCUAUAAACCAUACGUACUCAUUUUUAGUAUGUAACUUAGUAUGCAUCCAUCUAUAUUUUUCUCAUGCUUCUAACUAUACUGGCACAUAGAAUUAUGUAUUUUAUGAGUAGGGGCUUUUGGUGAUAGUUUUACAAAAAAAAAAAUGGAUCCUAUUCGCACUUCUGCUUCUUUUUUACUCAACAAUACCUGAUGUAAAUUCAUGGACAGCCCUGGAUAACACUAAUCCCCUCUUUUUAAUGGUUGCAUACUACUCUAAGGUGUCGCUGUGCUGUAGCUUCCUCCGCCAGGCACUUUGUGGACACUGAUUUUGUUUCUUGCCCUUUGCCUCUGUGAACCAAACAGCAGUAACCACUGUGGUACAUACAUACCUAAUUACUGGUGGUUUAGUUUCUAUGGGGUAUAGUCUCAGGAAGGGAUUCCUGGGUCACAAAAGGUAGUUAUUUGCAGUGCUAAUAGCUGCUGCUGCUGGAUUGGUUUCUAAAAAGACUGUAAUACUUUAUAUCUCUACCAGCCACUAUGAGAGUAUCUCCAAAGGAGUAGGUGUUGUAUUUAUUUUUCUAAGCUUCCAUUUAUUUUUCUAAAGCUUUUUACAAUGUUCCUUAAACACACACACACAUACACACACAAACAUGAUUAAUUUUAAUUUGAAGUAAAUUUCUCAAACAAGCACGAGUCUGGGUAAUAUUUACUAAUAUGAGACAGAUCUUUCAAAAUGAGUGAUUAUUUCUCAAAAUAUUCAUUUAAACAAUUACAGGCAGUUUUCCUGGUAUCUGUGGGAAAUUUCAUUCUGUAUGAAAUCUUAUAUGCUAGGAUUCCUCUCUGCAAAAUGUGAGGCCUCCUGGAUGGUAACAGUUUUGAGUAAUGCAAGUCCAAGGAAAAACUACAGCCAGUUUUAUUUCUGAUCUUGCUUUCCUCUUUGCUUUUGGUAUGAUUGGUCACCUUUUAACAGUGUUCAUUGUGUGUUUCAAAUAAUGACUGGGCUGAGGUCAAACUGGGGUUAACUCAAAGCCUGUGUAAAUCAAGCCAUGAAGAUAUAUUUUAUUUGCCUGCCUUACAAACAUGAAGUGUGGCUGAGCCCUGAAGAGCCAUCCACCAAAAGAUCAGCUAGAGGAAGGCUGCUGCAUGGUUUUAGCCCCCAAGAUGAAUUAUCCCCUUUUAAAUUUCAUCCCCCACCUCUCCUAAUCCAGUGUGAGUACCUAAUGAGCGCUGGAUAAUAACAUAGCAACAUUUCUAGGUGAAGCUAAUCUGAUUCUGGAUAGCAGGCUUCCAGGCCUACAACUGAAUGAAUUGCCUGGUAUUUCCAAGUUUGAAAAUACUUUUUUCUCCUUUCAAGUGCUCCUUGGCAGCAGGUAAGGAAUGUUAAAGCUCCUGUAAGUGCCAAUUAAGACCAAUUAUAACUCGCCUGGCCUGCUGAGACAGUGAGGUGGAGUUAGUGGAGACUUGUAUUCCUGUAAAAUGGAGAACUGGCUUUCACCAAUGACAGGAGCACAGUAUUUCAGAACUGCUAGCAGCUUGUUUGUUGCCCUCCAAAACACUGAAUGACACCUCUGCUGCUUCUCAAGGAUUCAGUUUAGGAAAUCCCAAAAUUUGUAGGGGACUUGAUAGAAACCUCAGUUUUUCUGUUUUACUUUAACUCUUCUUUCCUAUCAUCUAUUCAGUUUCUCCUUGGUUGUAAUCAUAAUAGCUAACAUUUGCUGAACAUUUAACAAGUGCUGGGCAUUGCAUUACCUGUGUUAUCUCAUUUACUACUCACUGUGCCAGGCUUGUUGGAAGAGGCAGUAUCAGCCCUCAGCUCUCCAGAGUCUCUCACCCAAGGCUGUACAACUGGAAGUGCUCAGACUGCAGGCUGGCUGCCCCCUGAACCCAAACCUUGAGUGCUCCGCCUAGCAUCCUGCAGGUUUGCUUCUUUGCUGCGAAUAGCCUAAUGCACAGAAGAAUUUUUGUCAGUUCAAAACUCCCCUUUGUGUACUAGGAUGAAAUUGACAUGUGUACACCAUCCAAACCACAGCUGAUACAUAUAAUUUUUGGUCAGUGAGGCACGGAUGUUAUUCUAUUAAGAUGAUAUUUUAGUCUAGUCUUUUUUAAGUCUUCAGUCUUAAGUUUUUUCAUAGGAAAAAAAGAAAUACGACCAUGUCCCCAGACCUAGACAUUUAUAUCUGAGCCAUCAUAUCAAAAUAAAUUUUAUUUGGAUAGGAUAUUAGGAAAUGUUUUGAAGAAAAUUAUGAUAAUACAAAAGGCAAAAGAAAAAAAGAAAAUUAUGAUUAUGCUUUAUAAGCAGAAAAAGCAGUAUUUGUUUAAACAUUUUAUUGAGGGCAUUACGAGGGGUACAUGUGAGUGUUAAAACUUUAAUCUGAGCUUUAUUCUCAGUUUCUAUGUAUUUAUAUUAUUGGUGUACAAAAUUAUAUUUUCCUGGCUUAUAUGACUAUUCAUCUGUUUUUUGAUGUAGGCCUUAAAGAUAAAAUAAUUUUUCUCUUAUUUAUGCAUGAACUUAAAUGUAGAUGUGUGUUUGUAGCAUUUAAGAACAUUUGCUAAAAUUCACCCGGGUUUUCUUCAGGGUUGCAGAAAACCUUGAUUCUUAGAACUGUCUUGGAUUGGCUGACUCUCAUAAUGAUACUUUUCCCCACUGGUACAAUCACUAUGUAUGAAAGGGAAUGUUAGAAAGGCAAGCAUUUGUACUAGGAGGUCAGCAAGGACUCUGGUAUCCCCUGUCGUACAGGUGCAGUGAUAGGGAAGUGAGGUUUAGCUGGAGAAAGAUCGUCCUACCUCUUUCUUUUCUGCCAUUGAUGGCAUUAAGGAGGACUCCUCAUCUACCCUUGCAGAGAGGGCAGGUGAAGUGGAGUGAAUAAUACUAAGAACUGUGGAAAUCAGGUUGCACAGCCAUAGAAUUUUUUUUUCUAGCUUACGAAAAGCUUCUGUGAAUUAACUUAAAAGUCUUAUUUUCAAUAAUGAGCUUUUGAAAAGAUUUGGAAGAUGUAUCCUCAUCCUGUGCUUCUAAGGUUUGCCAAUGGCUCUUCGCUUCUGUUCUUCUAGCAUCUUUUCAGGACUACCAUAGUUUUGGAUAUAUGAAUGUGACUGUAAAGAAUCUGGAAAAAAAAAUGUGGGUUUUAGAAAACCCCUGGAUCUUAGUAUUGCUGACAUGGUUGGGAUCUGAGUGCUUGUGAAAAUAGAGCAGUGCAGCUACUGUUCUUUUGUUUUAGUCAGUUUAGAAUUUGGUCUAAUAGACAUUUUCAUCCCUCAGAACUCUUCCCCACCCCUUUCAGGCUAAAUCAUUUCCACACAUAUAAUUCAGGACUUUUGCCAAACAUUCUGUGUGGGGUGAUGGGAUUCUGUAGAAGAAUCUUUUCCCACUUCUUUUGACACUUAGAAGAGUUCAUUCUGAACUAUCAGGUAUCUAGAUCAUUGUUAUCAUAAAACUCAGAUCACUGGGCAGUUUUUGCAUGUCACGUGUGGGGAUUUUUUGGCGUUGUUGUUGUUGUUGUUUUAUUAGAACUCUGUCAGCUGGGCUAGAGUGCUGUGUGCAGUCGUAGCUCACUGCAGCCUCAAACUCCUGGACUCUUGCCUCAGCCUCCCGGGUAGUUGGGAUUACAGGCAUUAGCUGUUACACCCCAUUCAUUCCAUGUCUAUUUUACGGUAAGAUUUGUUGAUUGGGCAGAGAGAAGGAACGUGAUAGGGAUGAGGUAGUGAAACAGGCCAGAAAGACACUGUUUUCAUGGGGGCACUCAGUGAAAGAAAUUCUUGGAUUUAAAAGUAUGAAAGCUUUAGUCAGCCCUCCAAUGAUUGAACACCAAACUGGAGAAUCAGGUGGAUAUGAAAGUAUACAUAUUUUAGAAAUAUGCAUAGAAAGUGGGUUAAGAUUUUGUGUUACUAGAUUUAGGAAGGAGUAUGCUUAGGAAUAAUAAACUUGUUAAAAAAUUUUAGCAAGUAUAGAUAGUAUAGGAGAAAUAAAAUGUGGAAAAAUGCUGCAGGUAUUUUAUAGAAAUGUUUAACUUUAAGACCUUUAGGUCUACGAAGAUGUGAAAUGUAAAUUUUUAAAUAAAUCAUGUAAGUUUUGUAAUAUACCUGGUAGUAGCUGUGUCAGUUUAAGGGCAUUCAGAAAAAAAAUCAGAAAGUAUAGUCGUUUGCAUUUUAGCAGGUUAAAUUUAUAAAUUCCAUCUUCCCCAGUUUUGACAAGUUGCCUUUCAAAUAGAAAGAUUAAUAUACAACGGCCAGGACGCCUUGUAUGACCAUAUUAGAUGAAAUUAGACUCCACCCCCUGUUUUCUGUUGAUCUGCCAGGACCUUUGUAAUUCAAGUGCUUUUUACAGUAGUAGCAAAUGUUACAUAAGCCCAAACAUGGAGCAUAUUUGGAGUUGGUGGGCAGACCCAAAUCAUGAUGCAAGCCUGCAGUAGCAAGUGUGCAAUGAAGCACAACCAAAUUCUGUGAAUGGAAGGAAGCGAGACGCCUCUCCAAAGCAGCUCUUCUGCGCAGGAGCUGAAAGCUCCACUGGAAAGAAGACAUAGCUCAUCCAGCAAGCCUUCUUUGGCUGUUCCUCCCACUUCAGUAUUUUCCUUCUUCCCUUCUCUGUCCAAAAGCAAAGGAGGCAGUGCAAGUGGAAGCAACCGUUCUUCCAGUGGAGGUGUUCUUAGCGCAUCCUCAUCAAGUUCCAAGUUGUUGAAAUCGCCCAAAGAGAAACUGCAGCUCAGGGGGAACACCAGGCCAAUGCAUCCCAUCCAGCAAAGUAGAAUCCCCCAUGGUAGAAUCAUGACGCCCUCUGUGAAAGUGGAAAAGAUUCAUCCGAAAAUGGAUGGCACACUACUGAAAUCUGCGGUGGGGCCAACCUGUCCUGCUACUGUGAGUUCCUUAGUCAAGCCUGGCCUUAACUGCCCCUCAAUACCAAAGCCAACCUUGCCUUCACCUGGACAGAUUCUGAAUGGCAAAGGGCUUCCUGCACCGCCCGCUCUGGAAAAGAAAUCUGAAGACAGUUCCAGUAAUAGGAAAUUUUUAAAUAAGAGAUUAUCAGAAAGAGAGUUUGAUCCUGACAUCCAUUGUGGGGUUAUUGAUCUCGACACCAAGAAGCCCUGCACCCGGUCUUUGACAUGCAAGACACAUUCCUUAACCCAGCGCAGGGCUGUCCAGGGUAGAAGAAAACGAUUUGAUGUGUUAUUAGCCGAGCACAAAAACAAAACCAGGGAAAAGGAAUUGAUUCGCCAUCCGGACUCUCAGCAACCACCGCAGCCUCUCAGGGACCCGCAUCCUGCCCCUCCUAGAACGUCACAGGAGCCGCACCAAAACCCUCACGGAGUGAUUCCUUCCGAAUCAAAGCCUUUUGUAGCUAGUAAACCUAAACCUCACACCCCCAGUCUUCCAAGGCCUCCAGGCUGCCCUGCUCAGCAAGGUGGGAGUGCCCCCAUUGACCCUCCUCCAGUCCAUGAAUCUCCACACCCUCCCCUGCCUGCCACUGAGCCAGCUUCUCGGUUAUCCAGUGAGGAGGGCGAAGGCGAUGACAAAGAAGAGUCUGUUGAAAAACUGGACUGUCAUUAUUCAGGUCAUCAUCCUCAGCCAGCAUCUUUUUGCACAUUUGGGAGUCGGCAGAUUGGAAGAGGCUAUUACGUGUUUGACUCCAGGUGGAACCGGCUUCGCUGCGCCCUCAACCUCAUGGUGGAGAAGCAUCUGAAUGCACAGCUAUGGAAGAAAAUCCCACCAGUGCCCAGUACCACCUCACCCAUCUCCACACGUAUUCCUCACCGGACAAACUCUGUGCCGACAUCACAAUGUGGAGUCAGCUAUUUGGCAGCAGCCACUGUCUCUACAUCCCCAGUCCUGCUCUCGUCCACCUGCAUCUCCCCAAAUAGCAAAUCGGUACCAGCUCAUGGAACCACACUAAAUGCACAGCCUGCUGCUUCAGGGGCGAUGGAUCCUGUGUGCAGUAUGCAAUCCAGACAAGUGUCCUCUUCAUCCUCAUCCCCUUCCACGCCCUCUGGCCUUUCCUCGGUUCCCUCCUCUCCUAUGUCCAGGAAACCUCAGAAAUUGAAAUCCAGCAAGUCUAUGAGGCCCAAGGAGUCUUCUGGUAACAGCACUAACUGUCAAAAUGCCAGUAGCAGUACCAGUGGCGGCUCAGGAAAGAAACGCAAAAACAGUUCCCCACUGUUGGUUCACUCUUCCUCCUCCUCUUCCUCUUCUUCCUCCUCCUCUUCUUCUCAUUCCAUGGAGUCUUUUAGGAAAAACUGUGUGGCUCACUCUGGGCCUCCUUACCCUUCAAUGGUAACAUCUUCCCAGAGCAUCGGCCUCAACUGUGUGACAAAUAAAACAAACGCAGUGAACGCCCGGCAUGACCAGUCAGGGAGAGGCCCCACCAGCGGGAGCCCUGCUGAAUCCAUCAAGAGGAUGAGUGUGAUGGUGAACAGCAGUGAUUCCACUCUUUCUCUUGGGCCAUUCAUUCACCAAUCCAAUGAACUGCCUGUCAACUCCCAUGGCAGUUUUUCCCACUCACACACUCCUCUAGACAAACUCAUAGGAAAGAAAAGAAAAUGCUCACCCAGCUCGAGCAGCAUCAGCAACAGCAGCAGCAAACCCACAAAGGUUGCCAAAGUGCCAGCCAUGAACAACGUCCAUAUGAAACACACAGGCACCAUCCCAGGGGCACAAGGACUGAUGAACAAUUCCCUUCUUCAUCAGGAUAUCUCCUCACGUUGCUUACGAACAGGAAUUUCAGCAACAUCACCCCAGAGCCCUGACUUAAAAUCCAAAGGCACGUCCCUGACAGCUGAAAACAGCACGGGGAGGAAUAAUGCGGACACUUUUGAGGACAAGUUACACCUCCACUCAGCACUCUGGACUCCACGAUGCCUUUGAGUCUGUUUUCCUAACCUCCUGUGGGUCUCAAGGGUAGAAACCUGCCGGGCUGUUUUAACGAGGAUUACCCUGAAGCUAUGUCUGUAGCAGUGAGUACUCAUAAAGGACACUGGAUCAAGUUCAGCCACGGAAUUGCUUUUAUCAGUGUUAAAGUGGUCUGGACUGCUUGCUACCAAUCUGUGAGAAGUUUUUGUUUUGUUUUUUAACUUGUAGUAUAUCAUGGAGCCACUCUUCAAGUAGAUUGGCUGGGCAAAAGAAUGUUUUGGAAAGAGCGUUACUGUAGACCUUUCUCCCUCCUUCCUUUUACUACCAUUGUUUUAAACACUGUCAUCUGUAGGUCACUCUCCAGCAGUUAGGCACCUUAACUGGAGACCAGAAACCUUCCAGAGGAGAGAGGGCUGCAUCCUGACCAACCCUCUGAAGAAGGGAAUUAGGCUUUAGAUUUUGUCAGCAGUGUUCCAGGAAUGAAUGGACAUUAGCCUAAGGCACCAUGACAAAAUAGCCCAGCCUUAAAGUAAUUUGGGAACAGAAGCUGUCAGAAGUUUCUAACUUACAAACUGGUUUGAAAUUUUUGAUGCCCAGACAGCAAGUAUAAACUGGUUUGGAGGCUUACUUUUCGUGAUACAAAAGCAAUUCUGUGUGAUUAUAAAAAAAAAAAAAAAAAGAAGAAAGAAAAUGCAAGCUAGUUUGGAGAAAUGAAGGCCAAAUUGGGUUGGGGGAGGGUGGGAGAAAGGAAGUUAAAAUCACCAUAGGGAGAACAAAACUUUUUGCAAGAUUUCCAAAGAGAUGAAAUUUUCUUAAUCCUUUAAGUUUUCAUGGUAAACAGUAUGUCAGAUUGGGUUGGUCGUCCUACCUAGUCUAUUUUUAAAAGUCACCUUUUAAAGUGACAUUAUUAGAUACACUUAAAUGUUUUGAAGGCACUCUCUGCAUUACCCUUCUUUUCCUCUUUGGAUGCUGUCCUGGGACUAAGUGUAGAUUUCUGCUUCAAACGCUUUUGGAUUGGGUGUGUAUGCGCUUCCCUCAUGCCACUCCAGAUGUUUAUUUGGAUGUGGCUGGGGACGAGAGCAGGCACCAAGGGAAGGGAAUUGGAGAAUGUGUGCGUCCGACCAAAUCCUAUAUCACGGAAUUGUAAUCUGUGUAUAGGAUUGCCCUGAUACACGCCCUCCUUUCUUUGGAUUAUACCAGCCAUCUUCCUGAGAGUUUUGGAGCCCUCUAAGAUAUUUUUUCUAGUACCUCACCCCUAAAGAAAGAGCUUAAUAUGUUAAAACAGCAUUGCUUGGAGAAGGUGUCACUGAAUUAGAGGAUGAGCUGGAGCCUUUAAAUGGGUGAUGCAACCACUGCAGGCUCCUGACAAGAGAAUCAGGCACUUUUGCUUAGAAGAACACACAAAGUUGCCGAACACAGGGUAAAAUUUCCAAGGCGCUGAUCAUUGCUCUGGCCAGGGCUUGAUGAGAGCCAGUCAGUACAUCCUUUUUUUCCUACAAUUCUUGGGUUUCAAACUUCAGUUUCAGGGAAUUUCAAGUCAACAACAGGUAGAAUGAAUAAACUUGGUUACCAGCCUAAUAAUGUGAAUUGCUACAGAAUUUAUUGUGUAAGAAAACAAAAUCUUUAUGCAGAUACUUUAACUAUAAAUUGAUGUAAAAUACUGAUUUUUUUUAAAGGAACGAGAGAGCAGUAUCUUGUUCAAUUAUUAUGCAAUCAAUCAGUAAAUGUUUUUAAAAUGAUACUACAGGAGAGCUUAGUAAGGAGAGAGCAUAGAUGGGCCAGUUUGGCAUAGUUAGGAGAAAUCAAUCUGGUUUCCAUCCCAGUGGGGAAAGAGAGAAGAGGUGAGAGGGGAUCAGAACGUACCUAGUUGAUUCCUUGGUGACAAGUGCAAUGGGGUAUGGGUAGAAUUUAUUUUCAGAGCCAAGGGGACUUGAUGGUUAUAAAUAAAGUUGCCUUUAGCAAUGGAAUUUAUAAUAAGAUCCACGAUAAGUUGAUUCAGAAUAAUGUAGAUAUUUAGAUUAGCAAGUAUUGAACAUUUGAUUUCUUAGACUGAGGUUUUAAUUGAAUUUCAUUUUGCCUCCCGGUAACACACAGAACAUCGGGAUUAGGAAAUUAGCCAUUUUGGAUUCUGCCUGCCACAAACAGACCUAUUCUAAACAGUGCUAUUAAAUUUUAGACUGUUGUUCAAAUAUUUUAUUUUCUCCUACAACUACUUUUUAUUAUGAACAAUUAAGACCAUUUAAAACACUGAAGUAUUUUUUUGAAUUAAAUUAACUUGCAAAAACCAAAUUUGCAGUGGUUGGGUUGUUUCUAGACAGACUUUGGUAUCAAUUUAAAACCAAGAUAAUUUUUAUAUUCUUUCCAAUAGAAUUUCAUGACAACUCCUGCAGUUUUCUUAACCUACAAAAAAAAAAAAAAAAGUGCUGCAAUGAUGAACAAAGAAUUAUACAAAACCUACUUUUGUAUCUUUAUUUUGGAAUUUCCUGUUCUAUUAUAAAUAUGGAAGUAUCCCUAUUUCAGAAGACAUAUUUUGUUAAAAAUGAAUUGUACAUAUUUAAAUAUGUAUUUUUGCACAGGUCUUUUUUUCUGAUACCCUGUUUUGGUACAAUUGAGAUCAUCUAGUAUUUAUUUAUUAAUUAAUAAAAGUAAAUACCUUUUUAUAAUUUGAAGUGGUUCACUGCCAAGCCAAUAGUUCUAGAACCUGCCUCCUUUACAGUUUAAGGGAUGCCUCUGUUCUGUGAAAGUCUUUGUCUCUUUUAAUGUCUUGGGAGUGGAUUCAUACAGAUGAAGUGGGCAUUGCUUCUCCCUAGUUGCCUGGUUU